GUCGAGUCGUCCGGUGUAUUUGAGUUGAAAGUGCACUCCUUCAGUAGUACCCGUAGUGUCUGUAAACCGUCUAGGGAUUGCCAGAUAUUCUUCCGAGUCUGCCUUAAACAUUCCCAAAAUGUCAUCUCACCUGAGCCCCCCUGCACCUAUGGCAUGGGACUGACCGAAAUCUUCAAUGCCGACCAGAGCUCCAUCUCCAGUAGUGCACCCAUCAGAGUGCCUUUCCAUUUCAAGUGGCCGGUGAGUAGCCUACUGUACACAUACUCAAUAUACUAUAGAGCUGAUGGUAAGUCAAAGGUCCAAUGCAGCCGUUUUUAUCUCAAUAUCAAAUCAUUUCCUGGUAACAAUUAAGUUCCUUACUGUGAUUGUUUUCAAAUAAAUGGGCCUUUAACGGUUAAUGACUGGUGGUACAUUUCAUAGAUUGGGUAAUGUCAUGAAGCUUUUCAUGAAGCGUUUUCACUUUAAAUAAUCUCGCCUCUUACAGCUUUUUGACAAAAUAUAUAUUUUUCCUGUGUGGAUUGUAGGGUACAUUCUCGCUCAUUGUUGAAGCCUGGAACGCAGAGUCCGACGGCCAGUCCACAGGUAGGUAGACUUCAGUGCACACUCCCUCUAGGGGACGGAAAGUGGCUUUAAUAUUCCUCUAAUAGUCAUUCCCAGCACAAGCGUUUGAGUAUAAAAUACGUUUUACGUAUUUGCAAAAAUGCGGUAAUAUUUGAUUACACACACACACAUAUAUAUAUAUAUAUAUAUAUAUAUAUAUAUAUAUAUAUAUAUAUAUAUAUAUAUAUAUAUACUACCUUUCAAAAGUUUGGGGUCACUUAGAAAUUUCAUUUUUUUUCAUGAAAACAUACAUGAAAUGAGUUUGAAUAGGAAAUAUAGCGAAAUGUAGUCAUUGACCAGGUUAGAAAUAAUGAUUUUUAAUAGAAAUAAUAAUUGUGUCCUUCAAACUUUGCUUUCGUCAAAAAAUCCUCCAUUUGCAGCAAUUACAUCCUUGCAGACCUUUGGCAUUCUAGUUGUCAAUUUGUUGAGGUUAUCUGAAGAAAUUUCACCCCAUGCUUCCUGAAGCACCUCCCACAAGUUGGAUUGGCUUGAUGGGCACUUCUUACGUACCAUACGGUCAAGCUGCUCCCACAACAGCUCAAUAGGGUUGAGAUCCGGUGACUGUGCUGGCCACUCUAUUAUAGACAGAAUACCAGCUGACUGCUUCUUCCCUAAAUAGUUAUUGCAUAGUUUGGAGCUGUGCUUUGGGUCAUUGUCCUGUUGUAGGAGGAAAUUGCCUCCAAUCAAGUGCCGUCCACAGGGUAUGGCAUGGCGUUGCAAAAUGGAGUGAUAGCCUUCCUUCUUCAAGAUCCCUUUUACCCUGUACAAAUCUCCCACUUUACCAGCACCAAAGCACCCCCAGACCAUCACAUUGCCUCCACCAUGCUUGACAGAUGGCAUCAAGCACUCCUCCAGCAUCUUUUCAUUUGGUCUGCGUCUCACAAAUGUUAUUCUUUGUGAUCCGAACACCUCAAACUUCGAUUUGUCUGUCCGUAACACUUUUUUAAAUGUUCCUCUAUCAAGUGUCUGUGUUCUUUUGCCCAUCUUAAUCUUUUAUUUUUAUUGGCCAGUCUGAGAUAUGGCUUUUUCUUCGCAACUCUGCCUAGAAGGUCAGCAUCCCGGAGUCGCCUCUUCACUGUUGACGUUGAGACUGAUGUUUUGUGGGUACUAUUUCAUGAAGCUGCCAGUUGAGGACCUGUGAGCCGUCUGUUUCUCAAACUAGACACUAAUGUAUUUGUCCUCUUGCUCAGUUGUGCACCGGGGCCUCCCACUCCUCUUUCUAUUCUGGUUAGAGCCAGUUUGCGCUGUUCUGUGAAGGGAGUAGUACACAGCGUUGUACGAGAUCUUCAGUUUCUUCACAAUUUCUCGCGUGGAAUAGCCUUCAUUUCUCAGAACUAGAGUAGACUGACAAGUUUCAGAAGAAAGUUCUUUGUUUCUGGCCAUUUUGAGCCUGAAAUCGAACCCACAAUUGCUUAUGCUCCAGAUACUCAACUAGUCUCAAGAAGGCCAGUUUUAUUGAUUCUUUAAUCAGCACAACAGUUUUCAGCUGUGCUAACAUAAUUACAAAAGGGUUUUCUAAUGAUCAAUUAGCCUUUUAAAAUAAUAAACUUGGAUUAGCAAACACAACGUGCCAUUGGAACACAGGACUGAUGGUUGCUGAUAAUGGGCCUCGGUACACCUAUGUAGAUAUUCCAUUAAAAAUCAGCCGUUUCCAGCUACAAUAGCCAUUUACAACAUUAACAAUGUCUACACUGUAUUUCUGAUCAAUUUUAUGUUAUUCUAAUGGACAAAAAAUUUGCUUUUCUUUUGAAAACAAGGACAUUUCUAAGUGACCCCAAACCUUUGAACGGUAGUGUUUAUAUACAAAGCUAUUACCUCACAAUAUAUGAUUUUUAAUCUGCUUAAUGUCUCUCUCUUUAAUAGAAAACCAGAAUAACUUGAUCAGCCGCUUGGCCACCCGUAGAAGACUAGACAUUGGCGAGGAUUGGUCGCAGGAUGUACACUUUGAAGAGCAAAGUGAACUUCGUUAUUCUUACCACGUUGUCUGUGAUGAAAACUACCACGGCGACAGCUGCUCAGACUACUGCCGUCCCCGUGACGACCCAUUCGGACACUAUACCUGUGAUGCCGCGGGCACCAGAAUGUGCCUGUCUGGUUGGAAAGGAGAAUACUGCUCAGAACGUAAGUGUCCAGAAGGACUACACAUUUUUUGAAUGAUAAGGCCAAUUCUUAUUAUAUAUUUUUUUAAAGCCUGUUAUUCAGAGUAAUAUAGCCACAAAAUAAUAUAGUAAUAUAGCCACAAAAUGCUUGUUUUUUAAUCUCAGAAACAAUUGUUUUGCGCCACUGAUUAUUGGUGUAUGUGCACAGCGCGCCUGAUUUCAAUUCUUGAAAUGGUUAUUUAAGACAUUUCAAACAUCUUCUGGUGAAAAAAAAGCUUCUGUUGAUUCAAAUAUAGAGUUUGUCUAUAUCUUUUGUUUGGGCCAACAAUGGGAGCUGAGUGUAUGAUUUAACAGGGACACGCGUUGGAACUUAAUGUGCGCUCCCUUGCGUGAAAAAAUAUGGCAUGUGUUCCUUUUGUGUGUGUACCAGCUGCUUAGUUUAGUACUUAACAAAUACUUUAUGUGUCUGAGCCCAGUGAAGGGGGGUUGUUUUGUGAUGCGAAAGGGGCACACUCAUUCUAAUUUUCCCCCUAUCUCUAAAGCCAUCUGCUCGUCUGGCUGUAGUGAGAAGCACGGUUAUUGUGAGGCCCCUGGCGAGUGCAAGUGCCGCCUCGGGUGGCAGGGGCCCCUCUGUGACGAGUGUGUCCGCUACCCUGGCUGCUUGCAUGGCACCUGCGGGCAGCCGUGGCAGUGCAACUGUAAAGAGGGCUGGGGAGGACUGUUCUGCAACCAGGACCUCAACUACUGCACCAACCACAAGCCCUGCAUGAACAAUGCGCCCUGCACCAACACAGGCCAGGGCAGCUACACCUGUACCUGCAGGCCGGGCUUCAGUGGCAACAAUUGUGAGAUCGAAACCAACGAGUGUGACAGCAACCCCUGCAAAAACGGAGGCAGCUGCAAUGUAAGUUCUGAUAUAACUGCUGUGUUCUAUUUAUCUCUCAGGAUUAAAAGCUACUACUCACAAUCCAAGUCUUUAAUUGUCCUCUAUGUAACGCUAACCUAUCUAUUUCAUAUUUCCAGGAUCUGGAGAACGACUACACCUGCACCUGUCCCCAAGGCUUCUACGGGAAGAACUGUGAGAUCAGUGCGAUGACCUGUGCCGACGGGCCCUGCUUCAACGGUGGCACCUGCAUGGAGCAGGUGACCGGUGGUUACUCCUGCCGCUGCCCUGCCGGCUACAUGGGUUCCAACUGUGAGAAGAAGAUUGACCGCUGCAGCAACGACCCCUGUGCUAACGGUAAGCAUCCCCCCCAACAGCACAACCGCUGUCUGAGUGAGGGAAACCUACCAGGUCUUCUGAUUGUUAUGAUGGAGCCGCUCUCCAACUCUUAUCUCUCCGUCUGACAACAAAACUCAACCGACUGUGCUGCAGACACAUUCUUUGGCAGUUACCAUCAUGGGUUUUUGUCAACGUUUUUCUCUUUGCCCAUAAACUCUGUUUUGUUUUGACAUGCAUCCAGUCCACACCUAAAAUGUAAAAAAUGCAGCACAGGCACGGUACAAAAGACGCUUGGCUCAAACUGAUGUAAGGGGUAAGAUAAAGCUGUCAUUAUGAGGUGGAAAAAAACUGGUCUUAGAAUGUUGUGGGCUGUUUUGCUACACUGGAGAUGUACUUCAUGUGGGAAUGAGCACUAGCUUAUCUGUCAUCUGCUAAAUUCCUGUUGGUGUGGGAAGCAAAUGUAAACAUUAUACAGUACCAGUCAAAAGUUUGCACGCACCUGUUAAUUCAAGGGUUUUUCUUUAUUUUUACAAUUUCCUACAUUGUAGAAUAAUAGUGAAAAUAUCAAAACUAUGAAAUAACACAUAUGGAUUCAUGUAUUAACCAAAAAAGUGUUAAACAAAUCAAAAUAUAUUUAUAUUUGAGAUUCUUCAAAGUAGUCACCCUUUGCCUUGAUUACAGCUUUGCACACUCUUUGCAUUCUCUCAACCAGCUUAAUGAGGUAGUCACCUGGAAUGUUUAACACUUUUUUGGUUACUACAUGAUUCCAUAUGUUUUAUUUCAUAGUUUUGAUGUUAUUCUACAUUGUAAAAAAUAGUAAAAAUAAAGAAAAACCCUUAGUAAGUGUGUCCAAACUUUUGACUGGCACUGUAUAUUUGCCUUCCAUAAGAAGCUUUGACACUCAUACCUGUGCUUCAAGUUUUGAUAAACAUGUUGAGUGUGCAGUGAUUUGAACCCCUCCUCGUCUGUCUAUCUCUCUGAUAGGUGGCCAGUGCCUGGAUCUGGGCCACAGCCUGAUGUGCCGUUGUCGCCCUGGCUUCACUGGGCCGCGCUGCAAGAUCAACAUCGAUGACUGCGCCCGAAACCCCUGCCGCAACGCCGGUACCUGCGUGGAUGGCAUCAAAGACUUUACCUGCACCUGCACCCUGGGCUUCACCAGCAAGGACUGCAGCGUCCGUGCCGAUGCCUGCUCCGUCUUCCCCUGCCAGAAUGGAGGUACCUGCUACACCCACUUCACCGGACCCGUGUGCCAGUGCCCGGCCGGCUUCAUGGGCUCCCGAUGCGAGUUCAGCCUCAAACCCACCGCCAAGCCCAAGGCAGACGGCUUGCCUGCAGCCCUGGUUGUCUCCUUCGCCCUGGGCCUGGUCACCCUCACCCUGGUGGUGUGUGCUGCCAUUGUGGUCCUAAGCCAGAUGAGGCGUGGGCGGAAGGCCAUGGCGCCUUCUGUUCGUAACAACCUGGAGACAGUCAAAAACCGGCCCAUAGGUGGUUCCAACCCCCCGUCCAGCCUCAGAGAGAAGGAAGCCUUCCUCAUCCCCGGCGGCCAUUACAAAGUGUCCAAUAAGGACGCAGCACUGACCUCGGCCCCCGCAGACAAACACGGAGACAAGGCGGCCUACAAGCAGAAGAUGGUUGACUACAACUUGGCCAAGGAGGAGGACCGUCAUGCCAAAAACAAAUUUGACUGGUAAGAAUGCCUCGCCAAACUCAAACGGUAUUGUGCCAAUGAAUCAGAGAGUGCGUGAUCACCAUUGCCUUAGAGUUGGAUGGAGUGCUUGUAUUUCCCAGUGGAACCUAGCACCAGGCCUUUCUUCUAGCAGACAUGUUACAACUUGAUCUCUCACUAUGUAAUGCCAAGGCUUUAUCUGAUUUUUUUUAACCCUCAACUUUGUGUUGGAGACCAUGGGAUCCACUGUUUUUGUUGUUGUUGUAUGAUUCCAUUGCGCCUGUGGAACCAAACCUGACCUCCUUUCCCUCCCUCUAUCUCUUUUCAACAGGAAAAAAACAGAAGGCAGCAUAAUCGUUCCACCAAUGAGCUUCCCUAAAGAAGGCUUGUACCACCCAGUCUUCAUCAUCCAGACCGAACAGCAAACGGAACAGUGUGUCUUUGCUACUGAGGUAAGCAGCUCCACCCAUUCAAACAGGUUAUUAUUAAGAGUUUAUGGAAGUUAUUGUCAAAUCACUUUUUCAAGAUUUGAUUGGUAACACUCUCCCUCUCUAUCAUUUUCCCACCUUAGGUUUAACAACAGUAUUCCGUCACCAGGAGUACCUUCACCAACAAGGGCUUUGCCUGAACAUGUUUACAGUCUUUCAAAGACAAUUCAAAGAAUUGAAGAGGAUAUAUUAAAUCAACAGGUAUUAUUUAAUAUUUAUUCAUGCUGCUCAUUAAAAAUGACAACAUUGACAAUGUUUGGAUACAACAUGCGAAAAGUGGGGACUUUAUUUGCACUACAUUUAAAAAUCUAAUAUAAUUUGCUUUGCGUUAAAAAUGAACAAAAAUACAACUUUCCUCUGAAGAGGGCCAAUGAUUCACCAAUCAUAGAGAAGCAGGACUUUCUCCUCCUGAUGCCUUAUCGAAAAGAAAACGAUAUCUCAAAUAAUCUAGAGGGGCCUUUUUACCAUCCAUGAAUAAGAUGUCACUACAAUCCACUUGAGAAUCAAAAAUAACAGUAAGGACAUUUUCGUGGCCUCUUAGUUUUUUUUUUUUUUUUUUUUUAAUCAAAGCGGAAGCGGGAAACAAUGUUGACGCUAUCAAAGAACUCAAGAUGAAGGUUUACUGAAAGCUUAGAUGGACAGUUGUCUAUAGAUAUCUGAGUUUGGAGUAGCUGGAUGUCAUAUCUAGGCCUUCUGGACCCUAAACUGGCCUCCCUUUCCCUAUGGAAAUAAAUCACCAAUGUGCCCUAUCUUUCGGAGGACUACAUGUAUACUUAGGAAACUCAAUCUUAUCAAGUGCCUAAUCUUUAAAAUAUGCUACGACUUAAGGAAAAAUGGUACUGAUCUUACACAUUGACAUUUUUUCAUGUGUUUUUUAAUGUGUUUGUUUGAUACUGUACACGUUUUUUCACAGUCUCUUUCGGAGUAUAUUUUUUUUACAAACACACCAGAAAGUCUUAUUUGAACCAGUUGAAAGUCAUAGUACAUGUAAUUUGUACAGUUUGACAUUUUCAAUGCCUUUCAAUGUACAACUUCCAUCUUGUCAAACACAUUUUAAAUUUACAUUUUAGUCAUUUAGUAGACGCUCUUAUCCAGAGCGACUUACAGUUAGUGAGUGCAUACAUUUUUGUAAAAAAAAAAAGCAUACUGGCCCCCCGUGGGAAUCGAACCCACAACCCUGGCGUUGUAAGCGCCAUGCUCUACCAACUGAGUUACAGUGCUUUUAUUACAUUCCCUUGACUUGAAUGAAGUGUAUUGUGCAUAAAGACUGCUUCCCGAUGACAAAAUAUCAUAUUUCUUUUAACCGACAGUGCUGGAUCUUGAGAAAAAAAAAGCAUUUUUACAGAGUGAAGGACUCCAAAGAUAGGUUGUCCUUAUGUUCUUUUUCAUUUGAAACCAAAUAGAUAUAUUUUUUAAUAUUUGUAUUAUUGUCCUCUUUAAUUUAACAAUGCAAUGUGUACAUAACCAUGAAAUAUUCUUUAUAUUUAAUUUUUUUGUACAUCAUUUGUAUUUAUGAAGAGAAUUGUAUAUAUGUCUAUGUUAUGUGCCUAUUGUCACAAAGUCAAAAAUAUAUAUUUUUUCAUAAUAAAUCA